ACACUGCCAGGCUGCAGCUGUCACUAGGACCAAAUACGUCAAUUCAGAGAAAAUAGUCUGUGGGUUUCCACUAAAGAAGACAGAACCCCUGCAAACACCCGCUGUUUCUGUCUGGAGUUUGCUUGAAAUGGCGGGAAAGAGCGAACCUGUUAUUAGUGUUAUCCCUGAGGAUGAGGGGAAGGAAAAGUUCAAAAAAAGUGAGGAUGUUGCUUUUUACAGACGACAGAUCCAGGGUCCAAAUCUGAAACACCGACUUCUUUUGGACACCCUUGUGCUCACUGAGAAGGGUGCACACUUUGAAAUAUUGGAAGAUAACACAAAGACCAGACUCCUUCUGUCUGUGUCACCUUGCAAAAACGACAUUGUAAGGAUUGUAAUAGACGAAGCCUGGCCCAUUAAGGCACGCUACCGAGUUCCAGAUGUGCUGAGUGAAGAACCGCGGAGUGACCAGUUGAGAGUGGAGAGCCAGACUAAAGACUCCAUCACCCUUUCCUGGUCUUCAGGACAUUACCAGGUCCGCUUGUGGCACUUCCCUUUCCGACUGGAGAUUGUGUUUGAUCAUGAAGUGGUGGUUACCUUCAACUCUAAGGACAAACUGUGGUUUGAAAGCUUGCAGAAUCCACCCAGCGAGGUAAGAAGAUUAGAAAGCUCAAACAGCAACUUUAUGCUGCUCUUAAUAAGAGCUUCAUUUGGUUGUUUGCUUCUGUUCAAGCUUCAAGAGGACGAGCAAAGUUCACUGUGGAAGGAGACUUUUAGGAAUUUUGUGGACAUCAAAGCAAAUGGUCCCAGCAGCCUCGGCGCUGACCUCUGCCUUCAUGGCUUCCAGCAUGUCUACGGUCUGCCAGAACACCCAGACAGGCUGCAGCUCAGAGACACUAGUGAUGGUGAACCCUAUCGAUUAUACAACUUAGAUGUGUUUGCCGCCGACUUGUACUGCCGGCUCGGCUUGUAUGGGUCUGUGCCGCUGAUGGUAGCUCACAAACCUGACAGGACCAUUGGUGUGUUCUGGCUGAACGCAUCAGACACUUUUGUAAACAUACAGUACUCCCCUACUGACCAUGAGGAUGAACAAACACCCCGAGUUAAAAGGAGGCGGCUGCGGCCUCAGAGUGACGUCCACUGGCUCUCAGAAAGUGGUGUGAUUGACUGCAUUAUUCUGCUCGGGCCCAGACCACAUCAGCUCUUCAAACAGUACGCUCAGCUUACAGGAUAUCAAGCCAUGCCGCCGCUGUUUUCCCUCGGGUACCACCAGUGCCGCUGGAACUACAACAACGAGGCUGAUGUGAAGGCUGUGGAUGCUGGAUUUGAUCGCCACAACAUCCCUUAUGACGUCAUUUGGCUGGAUAUUGAGCACACUGACGGGAAGCGUUACUUUACCUGGGAUCCUGCUCUUUUUCCCAAACCAGCGGGUUUGCAGCACCAUCUGGAGAAAAAGAAGCGGAAGAUGGUCGUGAUAAGUGAUCCACAUAUUAAGGUCGACCCUGAUUGGUCGCUCUACCGUGAGGCCAGAGAUGGACAACAUUUUGUUAAGGACAGAGAGGGACAGAUCUAUCGGGGUACAUGCUGGCCAGGUGAGUCCUCGUAUCUUGACUUCAGCUGUCCUGCAACUCGAGCGUGGUACUCCAGGUGCUUCAGCUUGGAUAAAUACAAGGGAUCGACGGCGUCGUUGUUUGUGUGGAACGACAUGAACGAGCCGUCUGUGUUCAACGGGCCGGAACAGACGAUGCCAAAGGAUGCAGUUCAUCAUGGAGGCUGGGAGCAUCGGGAUUUACAUAACCUGUAUGGCUUUUACCAGCACAUGGCCACAGUGGACGGUCUGAUAUCCCGCUCAGGAGGUUCAGAGAGGCCGUUUGUCCUUUCACGCUCCUUCUUUGCAGGGUCACAGAGGCUGGGAGCAAUAUGGACCGGAGACAACGUUUCCAGCUGGGAGUAUUUGAAGAUUUCUCUUCCAAUGGUUUUGUCUCUGAACUUGGCAGGCAUUGCAUUUUGUGGAGCUGAUGUUGGUGGGUUUGUUAAGGAUCCAGAUCCAGAGUUGUUGGUACGCUGGUACCAGGCAGCUGCCCUGCAGCCAUUCUUCCGAGGCCACUCCGCAAAAGACACAAAGCGACGUGAACCGUGGCUUUUUGGGGAGGAGGUCACCGCAGCAAUCCGCAAUGCCAUCCAACAACGGUAUUGCUUGCUGCCGUACUGGUAUACUCUCUUCCACUAUGCUCACACCACUGGGAUGCCUCCUGUCAGACCUCUUUGGGUGGAGUUCCCAAAAGAGGAGGGCACUUUCACCGAGGACAAUCAGUACAUGAUUGGGGGGGCCUUGCUUGCCUGUCCUGUGGUGGAACCAGGUGCUCAGACAGUCAAAGUCUUACUUCCUGGAUCUGCUGAGAUCUGGUAUGAUAUCUGCUCUGCAAAGGCGUACAAAGGAGGAAGGAGUUUGAGUCUUCCAGUCAACCUGGACACAGUUCCGGUGUUUCAGCGUGGCGGCUCGGUGGUCUGUAGAUCAGCAGGCAGCGGCAAAUGUACUGCCGACUACCAAGAGCUGCCUCUGAAUGUCACUGUGGCCCUAAACUCCCAGGGCAGCGCCGAUGGGGAUUUAUACCUUGAUGACGGCCACUCCUUUGAGUACCGCGACAAACAGGCUUUCUGCCUGCGAAGAAUCAACCUGCUGUCGGGCCGCCUGCUCUGUCAUCCAGCUACUGGUGAAGGAAGAUUUGACUGUGAAACUGUCGUACAGUCGGUUACCAUCAUGGGAGUGAAGAACAAGCCGUCCAGAGUGAACGUCCACGUGUCAGGCGCUGAUGCCAUCUCUGCUUCCUUUGAGUUCCUGGAGACCUGCUGCAUGCUGACACUGAACAACCUGAACCUCAGAGUGGUGAUGGACUGGGAGAUACAGAUCAAUUAACGACUGCCAGCAUUGCUGAAUAGUUUUGUAGCAAAUUGAGUUAAAGACAAAAAUCCACAAAGGGUUGGCCCUUUUUACAUUACUGUAAUCGUGUUUAACUUUUUUCAUGUUAAGAUUUUGACCUAUAGAUGGAUGAAACUGAAAUCCGAGCCACACUUCACAAAUUUUAUUUGUGAAAUAUUUUUUGAAAACCAUCUAUCAUUUUCUUUCUUCUUUACAACUCUGCUCUGCUUUGUGUUGUCUAUCUUAUAAAAUCAAACAAAAUACAUUAGUUUAAGGGGAAUGAAGACCUUUGCAAGGUGCUUUACACCCAUAAUGACAAGCUUUAAGAACAUAUUUAACUCUUUUAGCUCCACUUUUAACUCCUUAAUUAAUUCAUUUAAAUGACUCCUUAAUUUUAGGGUAAAGAAUUUCUGAUUUAUAUUUCAGUGCAACCUUCAAGUCACACUACUUUGUCAGAAUGCAAAAUAAAACAAUAAUAUUCUGA